UCCCAAGCACGCCCGGCUAUGGUUGUAGCUAGCGGCGGGUGGACGCAAUAUGUCGAUCACUCUCCCAAUCGGAGUGAGAACGAAAUGAACGCUGUCGAGGCUUCCGAGAAGGGCAAGAUGACGGCCAAGGCGGUUCUGAUUUGCCGCGACAACUCCCACCCGUUCAUGGUGAGGACUCUGUCGUUGGAACAGCCGGUCAAGAUCGGACGCUCGGUGGCCAGGGCUCGAGCGAUGCAGACCAAUGCCAUCUUUGACUGCAAGGUUCUCUCCAGGAACCAUGCACAGCUCUGGUACGAUUCGGGGAAGUUCUAUCUACAGGAUACCAAGAGCAGCAACGGCACGUUUGUUAACAAUCAGAGGCUGAGCUCGUCGGGCUUCGAGUCAUCGGCGAGGGAAGUCUCCUCUGGGGAUAUAGUGCAAUUCGGGGUGGACGUCGUGGAGAGUACAAAGAAGGUCACGCACGGUUGUAUAGUAGCUACGUUAAAAUUGUACCUGCCGGACGGAAAGGAAGCCAAAGCCAGUUAUAGCACGACCGUGGCUUGUUCGGAGAGCAACGUCUCGUUGGAGGAUCUGCAUAAGCUCAAUCAAUUGAUACAGGAUGCCGCAAGACGAGAGAAAUCCUUGCAUUCCAAGCUGACGUAUCUGCGACAGCUCGUGGAGAACGCCAAGAAGGCUACCGAUUGGGCAUGGACGGUUACCAUCGACGAGGAUCGUCUGCUGUCCAGAGUGGAGACUCUUGAAAAUCAGUUAGCCGUCUGCUCCAAGCAUUACACCGACGAUAAACUGAGAAGCGAGAUCUUGGAGCUCAGGGAAGAAAAGGAUCGAUAUCAGAACGUUACGAAGGAGGCGCUUCUUAAGGUAUUACAGGAAAAAUUGGAGCUGGCACAGAGGUUAGCCGAGGCGGAGACGAGACUGGGCGAGACCGAAGAGGAAUGCCAGAGCUUGCACGAGGUUGAGAGGAAUGCUCAGACGGAGUUAAGGGACCUUGCUGCCAGAUAUACGGACUUGCAGAAGGAGCUUUACGAAAAGAACAAGGCUCUGUCGGAGAGCGAAGAAAAGGUAAGGGAGAUCGAACGGAGAGCAUCGGAGGAGAGAACCGCACUUCUCAACAGACUCGACAACCAGUCAGCGACCGAACAAUUUCUUCAGGCUAGGCUCAGGGACUCCAGGCUCGACACUCUCUAUAUACGUAAGGAGAUCACCGCCUUGAGGAAUUAUAUGCAAACUCUGCAGGACAUGAAUUCCAAGCUGAUGUCCGACGAGAACAAGGAUGACGUGAACCCCAUCGAGGCGAUGAAUGCAAUUUUGGACAGAUUGAAGCCGUUACCUUUUGAUGACUUCGAGGGAGAUUCGCAGAUAGCUUAUGGUCCUAGAGAGGACGAAGACAACCAGAUCAACGCCCGAGACAGCGACUCUAAGGUCGUUAACUCCGAUCGAGCCUUCGUCAAGAGCCACCUCGAUCAUUCGUCAACGGACGACGACAAUCUGGCGGAGUACAUCGUACCUCCCCUGUCCAGGAGGACCCUCGUCAACGGGAACGCCAUCUCCGAGAACCUGGACGCCAGCGCCGAGUCCGACGCGAAUUCGGAGUCGGCCGAGGAUGCGUCCACCGUGGCCGAUAACGACGACGACGCCAGCGAGAAGUCCGUCAUCGAAGUGCGCAGGGAAUCGGAAUCCAGCCCGUCGAGUAAGUCGGUCACUCAGGCAUCGGCACAGUCGGCGAAGCACGAGGUAAGGUUCGCCAGUGGCGUCAACGGGGAGCAACUCGAGGUGCGCUACGACCCGGUGACGGCCGAACCCACGGAAGAGUCCGACGACCCGGACUCGGCCGACCGGAGUGCCGUGGCGACUCAUGGGAGGUCCCCGUCCAAGUCGAGGCUGAGCGGGCCCCAGGAGGCCCAGGGACCGCCCGACGAUAACCGCGACGCCGUUUCGGAGAACGAGGCGGAGGAGGAGGCGGCCGAAGGCGAGUACGUCAAGACCCUGAAGCCGCUCCCGAGGAGCGAAAGCCUGCAGCGGAAUCUGAGCACCAGGGAGUUCGCGUUGCAGGCUCUGAUCGGUUCCCUGGACUCCCUGAAGGCCGACGACGAGCCCGAGUCCCAGCAGCUGGUCAGGAGGAAGCUCGAGGAGCUGCGCGACUGGCUAAUUCGCGAGCCCACCGACAGUCUCAUCGGCAAACUCAAGGAGCUCUACUACAGGGCCAAGAACGAGACCCAGCGGAUGCAGGAGGUCAACGAGGAGCUGGUCAUCCUCAAGGAGAAGUACAACACCGGCGCCGAGGAGCGGGCCGAGCUGACGAGGCGGCACGCCGCCCUCAGGGCGCAGUGCGGUGACCUCUUGAACGCGACCUACUCCGUGCCGGUACAAUACGUCGCCCCGAUCGCGAUAGCCCUCCUUUGGAUGCUGCUCGAGAAGAUCUUCUAAUGUCACCGGGGAUUGUACAUAAGUGGCCACCCGAUCGGACCCCGACGCCGCUGCCUCGCGGCCUGGUGGGGCGCACUCUGGAGGUCCUUGCGACUCGUCGCUUCGAUCCAUUCGAAGCCAACGACACGUCGCGCCAGGGUCUUGGACUUCGGCACGGGCAGAAAAAAGGACCCAGCUUCGAAUGGAUCCAGGCGACUUGUCCGUUUAGUUGCGAUUCCUCGCUGCAACUCGACCCGAAUGUCGCUCGCGUUGUCUCGCGCGUAGUCUCGCGCGUAGUCUCGCGCGUAGAUGAUCUCAGGUCGUAUCGCAAGGACUGGAGAAAAGGGCAGGGCUCCCUUUUUCCCUGUCCACGAUGAGCGCGAGAAUCUCCACCGUGAGUCUUCCCCCGUGCUGGGAGAUGCGGCGAAACGGCUCGCUCGCACCGUGCGGCGUCCCGACGAGAGUACUUUGCCUGCACUUUGCGCGUCUCGGGUUUCUCAGAAGUUAUGGUUACCCGAAGAGAAUCGAGCACCGUUGCCCCUGUAUGGUAUAACAUCGAUGUGGUCUCUCGAUCUCUGUACCUCGUGGGUGUUACGCGAAGUACGUUUUCCUGAGGGAGGUUCAUAUCUAUUGAAUGUGUUAAAGCUCUCCCCAUUUUUCAAAUAGGUACAGGGAAGAGAUGAAACAACGUUUAAAUAUAGUUUAGGCGUUGUACUAACUAUUUUUUAGGUACAUAUUGACGUAAUUAUUUAUCAUUUUACAUACAUGGUUCAGUUAUGAUAUAUUGUAGAGCCGAAUUUUGGUGUACAUUCCCGUUUGUCCUGUUUUCAAGUUGACCGAUCACUCUAGAGUAUUUCACCUUUGAAUGAAGGACCGCGAUGAGUACCCGCUCAGAAAUGACCAUUUUCAUUGAUGUCCGAUAGCAUUAAAUCAUUUUAAAACGUAAUUUUAUCAAAGUAUGAAAUAAUAUUGCUAGAGAAGUAUUAAUAGAUAGCUAAAGGUUUUGAGUAAUUUUGUUUCUACAUAAUUAUCAGUGGUCAUUUCUAUAGCCGCAUAUUCUACCAACGUGUAUGCAAACUAUGAACUAAAUAGAAUUAGAACAUUUUGACAUAUCUUAUAACAAAGCAUAGAACGAAUUGUUUGGAAAAUGGUUUUAAAGUUUAAAAACAGGCCUUUUUUUAUAUUUAAAAUGAUAAUACGUACCUGAAAGUAUGGUUAACACGUUUAAAGUGUAUUUAUAUGUUGCGUUUAUUUUUUUUCCCGCGUCUAUGGAAAAAAAUGGGUAUUUUAAUAUCGUAAAUGGAUAUGACCCUCCACGAGAGGGAAGGAAUCCGGCGAGAGAAGUGCAAGGCUAUCUCCUUCGCGGAAAUAUUUGCCAAAGCUAUCGGGCCGUACGGUGGGAGUUGUCGUUUCGCUUCCUCCUUCCUGAGAGAGACAAACGGAGAAAGUGAGAAGAAAGAGAGCGAGAGAGAAUGAGGCCGGUGUUUCUUUUUUUUUUAUACGAGAUUCUUCAUUUCGAGGAUCAACCGUGUACAUAGGGUUUACAUUGUAUUUAGUCGUCUCUCGGGCUCGGCUUCCUGAGAGGCGAGACCGAAGGAAGGGCGUGCGUCUGGUAAAUAUGUAAAAAUUGGAUCGAGUACACAUCUAAACUAGGUAGGAAGAGAGAGAAAGUGCGUUAGUCGAGAGCGUUAGACAAUACCACGUGAGAUGUUCAGCGCUGCCAAUUUCGACGUCGACGUCGUCACAGCCCCUCGGGCCUGACGGUGCGACUUAAAAUUCCGAACGUUCCAUGGACGAGUUCCCUUUAUUAACUUAUCUCAUCUGUCCGUUUCUUUGACUGUACAGGCGUGGAUUGCUAGUCGCUCGUAAUUUAUCAUUGGUAGCUGAAACAGUGGGACAAACGUGAACCAUGGCGCGGGCUCCGCGUCGUGGACCGAAGAGGGAAUUUUCGAAUAUAAUUAUUUCAAUCGAGAUAACGUAAUCUAUAGGGGACGGUUCUUUAAAUCAAGAUGCCAAUAGUAAGCUAUAACUUGUACUUGGAAUAACUUUACCUCUAGCACUUCCACCCGAGUUUUAGAGGGAUAUAUCUCGAAAUUUAUACUAAACCAUUUUACUUAGCUGUAGAAUAUUACUUCCUUAUAAUAUUCCACGUAUACUUUCUCGAUAUUUUCUGAAAUUCAUUUGGAAGAUUCACGCUCCACGGUGAAUAAAAGCUAGUUGAUUAAAAAUAAGAUAUCACUUAAAGAGAUAUAAUCGCUUAAUUUUUUAUCCGUGAAACGGUACGUUUACUUCUUUCUUUCUACUUUUAUUUUUUAACUCUGAUGGUUUGUGCUACGGCGGCCUUUAACCAAGCAAUAGUGCCCCAUUUUCUCGAAUUAAGUACGAGUCCGUUUCUUUGAGCACUUCAAUUAACCAGUUAACUGCGUACGACGUGUAUACACGUCGGUAACCCGUAACGUUACAGUAAAUUCCGCAGUUAACAGGUUAAGGGGAUGUGAAAGUGGCAUUUAAAAAGUCAGUCGUUCAUGAAAUUUUUCUCCGAACUGGGUGCACCGUAUCGUUUCAAACUUCACCACAUGAAUAAGG